AUGCUGGCCCAAACCGUGAAGCUUCAGGUGCCGGCUUGGGAUCGGCCGAAAAAGGGCAACUACAUCGAGCUGGACGCGCAGUCGCGCAUCUCCUUCCUGCACGCCGAGGCGGACUUUGCCCUCGACAAGCUCGUCCCCGGGGAUAUCGUCCAAAAGGUGAACGACAAGAAGCAAGUGGACCCGCUGUCCUACGAGGAGCAGCUACACGGCAAGGGUGAUGUCCAGCUGGAGGUGUUGCGCGACGGCCACAUCGAGCCGGUGCCCCUUGAGCGGACCGCCAAGCUGGGCGUCAAGCGCCGCCCGCAGUUUAUGUAUUUGGGGCUGAACUGCGGUCAAGGCGACCCGACCAAGGGCCAACCGCUUGGCAUCGUCGCCGGCCCCAAGGAGAAGCGCAUCUUUGUCGGGCAGGUGGCCAAGGGCAGCGUGGCGGACGGGACGCUUAUCGCCGGCGACGCCAUCCUCGAGCUCGACGGCGAGUCGAUCGGCGACAACGCAAAGCUGCUGAUUCGACGCAUUUCUGAGUUGAUGCAGUCGAAGGGGCAGCUGAAAUGCAUCGUCGAGCGCCCGAUUUUCGAGCACGUCGCCCGGGCAAUUGCUGAUGACAUCACCGAAAAGACGAUCGAAGGUCGACCUCAAAUGGCGGCCGACUCGCUUGAGAUUGGGUGCCGAGCUGCGCGGGAAUACCUCAGAACGGGCCGAUACGAGAAGCCGAAAUCGAUUCUGAUCUCAGGAAAAGGGUUCCCCCAGAAAACAAAGGACGACAAGCACAUCGAGUUCAAGGAAAAGCUCGAAAAGGAGGUCUCAAUCGGCACCAAUGUGAAACCGAACGAGAAGCUGGCCGAGCCGUCGAAGGACGAGGACAAGCAGUACGGCUCGAUCCGCCGCCAGCGCAUCCCCUUCUACGAGGACUUUUACGAUGUGCUC